CCGCGGCGAUGCUGGGCGGCGGCCGCGCCGGCCUGGGCCGCCUGCGGAUCUGCGCGGGGCGGCUGUGCGGGGGCCGGCGGAGGGCGGCGGCCAUGGCCGGCGGUGACAUGGGGCAGCGCAUGGUCUGGGUGGACCUGGAGAUGACGGGCCUGGACGUGGAGAAGGACCAGAUCCUGGAGAUGGCGUGUCUGAUCACCGACUGCGACCUCAACGUGCUGGCCGAGGGCCCCAACCUGAUCAUCAACCAGCCCGACGAGCUGCUGGAGGGCAUGUCCGAGUGGUGCAAGGAGCACCACGGAAAGUCUGGCCUGACGAAGGCUGUGAAGGAGAGCAAGAUCUCUCUGCAGCAGGCAGAGUACGAGUUCCUGUCCUUCGUGMGGCAGCAGACACCCCCGGGGCUCUGUCCUCUUGCAGGUAACUCUGUUCAUGCAGAUAAGAAAUUCCUCGACAAAUACAUGCCACAGUUCAUGAGGCACCUUCACUACAGGAUCAUUGAUGUGAGCACUGUCAAGGAGCUCUGCAGGCGCUGGUAUCCAGAGGAAUAUGAGUUUGCACCAAAGAAGGCAGCUUCUCACAGAGCACUUGAUGACAUCAGGGAAAGCAUCAAAGAACUCCAGUUCUACAGAGACCACAUCUUCAAGAGGAAAACAGAUGAGAAGAAGAGGAARCUGAUUGAGAACGGGGAGAGUGAGAAAGCUGCCAGCUGAUUUUCCCUGCCCCAGCCUGCCCGUAGCACACACUAGAUGCAUCUCCUGGUUCUUUUUUUUUGUUUGCCAGUCUCUUGGGAAGCUCUACCCUGGGUUACCUUGUUUCUUAGCAGCUCUUAAUGCUGACAGAAGCCUGAGUUGCUGCUGCUUUUCAGUUUGAGUGGAGGAUCAGCAUGCUGGGCCUGCCUGGUUCAGCUGUUUGGGUAAAACACGCUGUUUGAUACUCCUUGCACCUGCUUUUAGGUGCAGUCUUUCACGACAGAAUAAAACAGACCAGUUGAACG